CCAUGGUAGCACCCGAAGGAAAGGGGGUGGAGCUAAGCAUUCACUGCGGUGCUGCGCUGCGUCUGCAGAGGACAAGGGAAGCUCCUCUGCAGGGCUGUCAGCUGCCAAAAUGAACGGCGUUGAAGGGGACCACGAGCUCCCUCUCGCUGACACCGCGACCCCCGCCCAUGCCUCUGAAGAUCUGGAUCUGAAGCAGGACCAGGGGCUCCGCGAGGAAAUCGACACGGUGCUGGCGAUGGAGGCUGCAGGUGAGGCCGGUGCGGAGGGAGGCGCGCCCCCGGAUUCCGAGCCCCGCGACCCAAAGCUCUGCCUCCGAGUGGCUGAGAAUGGCUGUGCUGCGGCAGCGGGAGAGGGGCUGGAGGAUGCUCCGUCUCCAUCAAAGGGCGGGGACGCACCCUCAGCCCCUGUGGCAGCCGACGACAGCAGUAAAAAUGGCUGUCAGCCUGAAGGGCCGCGCAGCCCUGCUAAGCCGAAAGCUCUGGAAGCCUGUGGCGCGGUGGGCCUGGGGUCUCAGAUGAUGCCGGGGCCGAAGAAGACCAAGGAAAUGACUACCAAGAACGCCAUGUCUGCGGCCACGGGGAAGGAGAGAGAAGCAGGGGCGGCGAUGCAAGAAAAGAAGGGAGUACAGAAGGAAAAAAGGGCAGCUGGAGGAGGGAAAGAGGAGACUCGUCCCAGAGCCCCGAAGAUCAAUAAUUGCAUGGACUCGUUGGAGGCCAUCGAUCAAGAGCUGUCAAAUGUAAAUGCGCAGGCUGACAGGGCCUUCCUCCAGCUGGAACGCAAAUUUGGGCGGAUGAGAAGGCUCCACAUGCAGCGCAGAAGUUUCAUCAUCCAAAACAUCCCAGGUUUCUGGGUCACCGCUUUUCGGAACCACCCCCAGCUGUCACCGAUGAUCAGUGGCCAAGAUGAAGACAUGAUGAGGUACAUGAUCAAUUUAGAGGUGGAGGAGCUCAAGCACCCUAGAGCAGGGUGCAAAUUUAAGUUCAUCUUCCAGAGCAACCCCUACUUCCGAAAUGAGGGGCUGGUCAAAGAAUAUGAGCGCAGAUCCUCUGGUCGCGUGGUGUCACUCUCUACGCCUAUCCGCUGGCACCGAGGUCAAGAACCCCAGGCCCACAUCCACAGGAAUAGGGAGGGGAACACGAUUCCCAGUUUCUUCAACUGGUUCUCAGACCACAGCCUCCUAGAAUUCGACAGAAUAGCCGAAAUUAUCAAAGGGGAGCUGUGGUCCAAUCCCCUACAAUACUAUCUGAUGGGCGAUGGGCCCCGCAGAGGAGUUCGAGUCCCGCCAAGGCAGCCAGUGGAGAGUCCGAGGGCCUUCAGGUUCCAGUCUGGCUAAGCUCUACUCUCGUGAGAAGCGCUUGCAGAAGAGUCGUUACCACCUGCUCAGCUUGGCCAGCUGCAUGCAGCCUUCUGUCUGCUUUCUCUUCCUGUUGGAUUGUGUCUUUUGGUUCUUCUAAGUCUCCAGUAGUUUCAAGAUCGUGGCUUCCAAGUCCUUACUCUUCUUUCUCUGGGCCAUCACGAUGUUCUGCAUAGUGUUAAUGGUGUUCCAAGUGCAUGGCCUUCAAACUGCUUCUAUGCCAAGCUCAUGUGCUGUAGUUUGUACUGCCUUCCUUUGCAUGGCUUGGUUCCUGUCUGUGACAUGAUCUUUUAGGUUUUUUGUUUUUGUUUUUUAAAGUGGUUCUCUACCACGUGAAAGCUUGACACAUCCUUACCAAGGACUAGCCAGGCUUCAUACUUUCUGCUGUGUUCCCGAUACCUAUGUACUGUGAAGAACUGUGAGUUUCACCUCUGCAAGAUGGAACUGUAUCCCAACCCUGCCAUCAGCCCAACAGGACAUUCCAGGCUAUUGCCAACUGCUCCUAGCUGUCUUCCUGGGCCUUUGCCAUUUACCCUGCUUGUUAUCUAUAUAACGAGCAGGUGGCUGGUGGGUGACUACUAAGUAUGAGAGAAGUAACAGGUGAGGAGUGUUUUCUGUCACCACACUGGUCUUGCACCUUUGGUUGCUGUGCAUCGUGAUCAGCUGCUGGUAAGUAUGGAAGCCUCUGCAGUUGCCCACCAGGUCUCUCCUGGUGGAGCUUUGCACAGGCCCAACAGUUCCUCAGGAACUAAGGACCUAAGUUCCUAGGCAACAUACAGGAUCCCUACUGUACCAGUUCCCGUGGCUCAGUUAGCUGCUGGGCAUGGUCUGAAAUCACUUGUGGCAGUGCCCCAAGCAAAGCUGAAAUGCCCCCACCCCUGCCCACUUCCAGCAGUUAGUUCUUUUGAGCCCUAACCAGCAUUAUUCCUAAUCCAGGCAGCUUUGCUUGAAGGUAACUCCUCCUCUUCCUCCUGUGUUCACACCCACUCUGGUUAAGUCAAAGUUGCCUAGGUUGAGGGAGUCAGAAAUCUGACUGGCACACAGGGCUUGCUAUGCCUUUCUCUCUUUGACUCUUCUCUUUUCCUCCCCCUCUUCUUUCUCUUUGAAGCAGUUACAGCCCAGAGACAGAAAAACAAAACAGACAGCAGGCUUUUUUUUUAUUUGCUCUCCCCUUGGUGUGUGUGGACUUCAAAUCUCUUGUUGCCCUGACGAUUCUACCCUUCUCUUAGCAACGUCUGAAAAUUUCAAGGGAGACCACCUCCACUCUUCCCUCCAUUCUACCAGAUGCUGUGUUUCUCUUAAGCUCUAGUUUGAGAAUAUGGGAGAAGAGAAAGAAGAGUCUCAGUGACAGACCUCUGUGCCUGCCCUGAGCAGUCAGUGAAUGAAUGCACCUGUCCCACGUUCCUAAAAGACAGCACUUCUUUUGCAGGCCUCAGCCUGUAGAAAUGACCAGAGCUCAACAAUGUGGGACAUCUUUGUUGUGUUUGCCUGAUAAUGUCCCUUACCUGUCAGCUUUUGAAUUUCCUUCCUUGUUUCCAUCCUAACAAAGGAGGAAGCAGGCUGUAGAGUGCAUUGUGGGAGGGAGACACCCAAGCCUCUUCUCAGGGAUGUGGGGAUGUGGAGGGAUCUGGAUUUGCAGGACAAAAAUCCAGUGAAUUUGCAACAGUGCUGGUAUGGCCCCUGUUACUGUAGCCCUCAGCCAUUCUCUUUCUGAUUUCAAGACCCUGUCGGAAGCAUCUCAGAGCUCAGGAGGUCUGAAUACCUUCAGGGGAGGCUGGGAAUUUAAGAGGAGGACCAGAGGGAAGAGCCUGUUGCAGAGUGAGUUUUUCUAGGUCUGCUGUGAUGACUGACAUAUGAAAGGUGCAGGGUUGGGGGCAGGGGUCCCUGAGACACAUUC